AUGGCUUCUCAGUACUCUUCCACUGCCCCUCUCCCUCAGGGCUUCUCAGUCUAUCAGCCUCAGCUCGGCGCUCAGCUUCAGUUCUUCCCUGCGCUCGGCACGCAAGAACUCGAUGACAUGAUCAACGCCUACAUCCCCGGCUCGGCUCCUCUCAAGGAGAAGCGGGCGACCAUCUCGCUCGACUUCUUGGAGCACUCACAGCUCACUGGCCAGACAUUCAAGUUCUACCCGGUCUACUACUCUUCUAGCCCGGUGGCAGCCUCGCCAGUCAACUCAAUCGCCGCCUCCUCCUCCUUCAGCAACGCUUCUCCAGCCAACUCGGCCUUGGACUGGAGCCAGGCGUCUGCAUCGCCAUCAGUGUCCUCUCGCUCUUCCGUUUCCAAGAGCCGCAAGGCCUCCAAGUCCGGCAGCCUCGUCGCACGCUAUCCCGCUGUCGAUCUUUCACACCUGCCAGGCAUGAAGAUCAUGACCAAGGAUGGCCAAGACAUCACAGACUCUGCCUCUCGAGGCUCCAAGACAAAGGAGCAACGAGACCACGCACAUCUGAUGCGCAUCAUCAAGGCCUGCGAUAGCUGCCGGCGGAAGAAGAUUCGCUGCGACCCCGACCACAAGAAGCGCCCGGCCUCUCAAGCCCAGCCUCAAUCUGCUGCGAAGUCGGCAAAGAAGGCGCGCACAACACCACCGGCAGCGGCGUCGCCAGCACCAGCAGCCUCAUCAACGCCGCCGCCUCAAAAGACGGCGCCUGCUUCUGUGGCGAUCUCGACUUUAGACGAUAAUCCCCCUAUACCAACGUCGCUGUUGGGUCUUGAUCCCACCUUUACCUUUACCGGCUUGGACGGCCUUCAAUCCAAUGACCAGAUGUUCGAGUCCUGGGAGGAAUUUGUCCAGUACCCCCCUGCGGAUGUCGACGACAGCUACGACUUCUUCCUCGACCCCGAGGGAUACUUUUCUUCCCAAUCCUCCGCCACCUCCUCGUCUGCCUCUCCCCCCAAGGCGCUUACGCCGGCAUCACAGCAAGAUGUUCAGGCCGCCGCUGGCCCUGAGGAGCGUGAGGGACUCUCAUCACAAUCCGCCUCACCCCAGCUACCGUUCAUGCAAGACAAAUCCACCACCGCGAGCGGCAGCUACACCGACUUCAACCUGUUCUCCCCCUCAUCAAGCUUCUCCGAGGAUGACCGCAUGGUCCCGAUCUCAUCCACGCGGCUGCUCAGUCCGGCUCAAACAUCCGCCUCCGGAUCCGACCCCUUCGCCUUCGAUGGUUUCGCUGCCGAUGGCAACAUGCUCAACUCUCCCUGGGAUGGCACAACUGCGUCGGUAUCUCCUCUGGACACUGCUAGCCUCGUUGCGGCUGCCCACACGGACCUGUCGUGGUAUGAUCCGGGUCACAAUGGAACCGAGUCUGGUGAACCAGGAGACUUGCGGGGUGGCAUAAGUAGGACGCCAUCCACGGACUGGGCAAGCGAAGUUCGCAUAGCCUAUCCAUCGGGUGGCUCCGUCCUUGUUACUGCGGCCUCUGGAAGCGGCGAUGUGGAAGUGAUUGCGAAUAGCGGCCCAUCAGCUGAGCUUGUUUCGAGCGCAUCGACCGGCACCGCGCUUCAGUUCUACUCCGACAUACAAGAUGAAGCCCCAUCACGCGAAUCAUCGCCCACCGAGCGUGGCAGAUUCCCAAGUGAACCACCAGUUGAUCAUUCGUCUUGGUUGUCCUCGGGCCAAGUCGACUCUCCAACUGACAUCACGAGCCAAUUCACGAGCCAACGCAGGACCACGUCCGUUACGCUGGCGACCACCGCGGACGAUCCAAUCCAGCUCUCAAGGAGCCCGGAAAAGCCACCGUCAAGGGUAUGCGAUGCCACAGCACCUGCACAGCAUCACCGAGUCAGACUAACUCGUCUCAAGGUCCAAACCCAGCUUGCCGCCAACCGCAACGUAACCUCCGAGGACUUUACUGGCGGCUUACAAGCUUCAUACGGCGAUGCGCUCCACGCUGUACCUGGUUCGACCGCACACGCAACUGCCGGCGAGGAUACUUUGAGCCCACACACCUCGUCUGGCCCUACCGCUCUCGUCUGGUCUGACAGGGCUGGCGUCGAGGCUUUCCUGAACCUCACCGGCCUACCUGCCCAGCAACUCAACGGCGGCCUCGAUGUGCACCAGCAGGCAAUUGACCCUAUGGUUGACAGUGGUCUGCAGACCCUGUCACCGCCCCUCCUGCAAGCGACGUCGCCCAAGGAGGGCUUGCCCGCUGCUGGUGGAUCUGCGUACUUUGGCGCUGGCCAAAGGUCGAGCCAGUUGGUUGUCCGCCAAGUCCUCUCUAUGCAAGCCAUCGUGGCGAUUCUCGCCGCUACAUUGCUCGGCGCCGCGUUUGCAAGCAUGGCUGGAGCCCCUCUCGUGCCUUCUCUCCUCUCAGUGGCUCUUGCUACGACGGCCAUCUUCCGACGAUUGGGAGAAGCCAAGGCUUUCUUUGAGACGACACCAUCGACAAUGUCAAGUUCAAGAUUCAAGCAGGGCACUCAGCCGUGGGCAAAGAAACCCCACGGACAGAAAGCCCAGCAACCUUCGGUACUACGACAUGAGGUAUCUCGUCUAUCCUCUCGUUUCUCUUCUUUCCUCGAGGAAACCAGGCCGUUGGCCUUGAUUGCUCCCUUGAUGGGCUAG